UAUUUGGAAGCAAAAGAUUUACUACAAAUCUCGAAAAAGCUUUCCUUUAUUACAUAACUCAACUCCUUGUUUCUCUCAUUGCAAAAGAUUAAAGAUGAAAGCUUUUGUGAGAGGUCUAAUAGCAAGAGCUAAUCUUGAGAUGCCAAAGAUUCAGAGGAAAUGGGCAUGGAAGGAAUCGGCCGGUUUUGGUGGCGUUACUCCGCCUCCUCCGCCGCCGGAGAAAGGGUUGGAGAAUUUGACGGUGGCGGAUGUCUUGUUGACAAAAGACACUGACGGCGGCGGCGGCGGCAAAGUUGACACGUUGAUCUCCUGCCGUACCAACGACACCGUUUUUGACGCAAUGGCAAAGCAUAAUAUUGGAUCGUUGGUCGUGCUAAGACCUGGAGACCAGCAAUACAUUGCAGGAAUUGUCACAGAGAGAGACUAUAUGAAAAAGAUCAUUGGGGCGGGAAGAUCAUCAAAGGUUACAAAAGUUGGAGAAGUUAUGACAGAUGAGAGCAAGUUGGUCAGUGUUUCGUCGGGGACAAACAUAAUCAAAGCAAUGCAGCUUAUGUCAGAGAAUCAUAUAAGACAUGUACCGGUGAUUGACGGUAAGAUAGUGGGGAUGAUCUCUAUGGUUGAUGUCGUUAGAGCAAUUGUAGACCAUCAAAAUGGCGAGCUCAAGCGCUUGAAUCAGUUCAUCAAAGGAGACUAUUACUAGUUCAAACUCAACAGAAGAAAUCAAGUGCGCAGAUUCUACAAUAAUAUCGAUAUUUAUGUAAAUACUAUCAAUAAUCUUUAAAACACUUACCACCCCCAUGAUGCAGUCCUUAAUUUUCUUUUUACAAAGAAAAAAACUAACAAAACCCUAUCCGAUUGAAGAGCCAGCCGGCGUCAUCUAAGGAGGACAAGUCGCUGACCACCGGAGCUUUACCGAUUUAUUCUAAAUAGAAAAUUGAUCUG